AGCCGAUUAGAUAACUGUGCUAUGUAAUAUUUAUACAUUUCAUGUGAUACUGCUUAUCGUGUUCCAUAUAUUGAAAAAAAAUUUACAAGCAAUAUCUUUUCAUAGUGUGAACAUGGAAAAACGUUUUAUGCUAUGCGUUUUUUUAAUGUUCGGGACGGAUGCUGUGUCGGUAGAAGAACGUCUGGCUGAGUUAGAGCGCGUGGUAAAACAUCAAAACGAGGUGAUUGCCAAACAUGAGAACGUUAUUCGGAACCAAAUGGCAAUUAAUGAAGAUGUCAAGAAAGAAAACAAUAAUCUUCAAACCCGAGUGGAAAUUCUGGAAGCUUAUAUAAGGAAGAUUACAGAAGAUCCGGACCACAUCGCGGAAACACCGGAUGAUGACCUGACGAUUCCUUCACUUAGGAAUGAAACAGAUAGAAGACAAAGAUUGAAAUUAAAGAGCGAUAAGGCAGCGCACAGACUGAAGCAGCAAAAUACUGGCAGCAUUAACCCUCGUUCAUUCCAACGAAGCCAAAACGAAAUUGUUAAACGGGAAACAAUGAACAUCGCAUUCUACGUUUACCUUACUUCUACGCAUUGCUUCCGGGACAAAGAAAUCGUCAUAUUCAACAAUGAAGGAUUGGACUAUGGAGGCGGAUAUGAGACCUAUGACGGAAUAUACACCGUGCCAGUUAGUGGAACAUACGUGUUUACGUGGACUAUGACUUCCCAUUACGAUGACUGGUUCAUAACAGACAUAGUUGUUGACGGAGUUACAAAAAGCUGGAUUAUCUCUACUAGAGAUAACGACCAAGGCUCUGGUACAGUAGUUGUCGAUGUGAAUGAAGGCUCCCAUGUCUUUAUUCGAAGGAGUUACGGAGACGGAUGCACUGUCCCUGAUACCUAUACCCGUUCGAGUUUUGCAGGAUGGAAAUUGUUUUGAAAUU